UCUAUCGUAUCGUAACUAUCGCCAGAGAACGAUUUCAAUUCAGCGUCUGCCGCGUUUUUUGCAGCGAAAUAUUUAAUUUUACAAUUUGUGCAUCCUUCGAUCCUUUGCAAAACACAGCGUGAAAAUGUCGAGCAAAUCCCGACGUGCUGGCACCGCCACGCCGCAGCCCGGCAGCACCUCGACCCCGCGGGCGCCAUCAGCGGGUCCGCAGCAGCACCACCACCAGCAGCCGCCGCCGCCGUCGUCGUCGCAGCAGGCCUCCAGCCCGCUAAGCCCCACGCGCCACUCUCGCGUCGCUGAGAAGGUGGAGCUGCAGAACCUGAAUGACCGUCUGGCCACUUAUAUUGACCGUGUGCGCAAUUUGGAGACUGAGAACUCCCGGCUGAGCAUCGAGGUCCAGACGACCAGGGAUACCGUCACCCGGGAGACCAACAACAUCAAGAGCAUCUACGAGGGCGAGCUGGAAGAGACGCGUCGCCUGCUGGACGACACAGCCCGCGAGCGGGCACGCGGCGAGAUCGAUAUCAAGCGUCUGUGGGAGGAGAACGAGGAUCUGAAGGCCAAGCUAGAUAAGAAGACGAAGGAGUGCACUACAGCCGAGGGCAAUGCCCGCAUGUACGAGUCGCGUGCCAGUGAGCUGGGCAACAAAUACACCCAGGCAUGCGCUGAUCGCAAGAAGGCCACCGACGAGCUGAACGAUGCUCUCAAGGAGCUGGAGAAGCUGCGCAAACAGUUUGAGGACACACGCAAGAACCUGGAGCAGGAGACGCUGUCCCGCGUCGACCUGGAGAACACAAUCCAGAGCCUGCGCGAAGAGCUGUCCUUCAAGGACCAGAUCCAUACACAAGAGAUCAACGAGUCGCGUCGCAUCCGUCAGACCGAGUAUAGCGAGAUCGAUGGACGUCUUAGCUCCGAGUAUGAUGCCAAGCUGAAGCAGUCGCUGCAGGAGCUGCGCGCCCAGUACGAGGAACAGAUGCGCAUCAACCGUGAUGAUAUUGAGUCUCUAUAUGAGGAUAAGAUCCGUCGCAUGCAGGAGGCCGCUGCCCGCACCAACAACACCACUCACAAAUCCAUUGAAGAGCUUCGCAGCACCCGUGUCCGCAUCGACGGUCUCAAUGCCAAGAUCAACGACUUGGAGCAGACCAACUCCCUGCUCAAUGUCCGCAUCCGCGAAUUGGAGCAGCAGCUUGACAACGAUCGUGAGCGCCAUGGCCAGGAGGUGGCUUCGCUCGAGAAGGAGCUCAUUCGCCUGCGAGACGAGAUGGCGCUGCAACUGCAAGAGUACCAGGACCUCAUGGACAUCAAGGUCUCCUUGGAUUUGGAAAUCGCAGCCUACGACAAGCUGCUGGUCGGCGAGGAGGCGCGCUUGAACAUCACUCCGGCAAACACUGCCACCGUGCAGUCUUUUAGCCAGUCUCUACGCAGCAGCACCCGUGCCACGCCCUCGCGUCGCACUCCCUCCGGGGCCGUGAAGCGCAAGCGUGUUGAUGAUGCCGAUGAUCGCCUAAUCACCGACUUUUUCAUCACGAACAGUGCCAAGUACGAUGUGCAGAUCAAAGAGAUUGAUCCCGAGGGCAAAUUUGUGAAGCUCUACAACAAGGGCGAAAAAGAGGUGGCAAUCGGCGGCUGGCAGUUGCAGCUUUUGUCCAACGACGGCGGUCCGUCGACCACAUACAAGUUCCAUCGUUCGGUGAAGAUAGACUCGCAGGCCGUGGUGACCGUUUGGUCGGCUGACACAAAGGCCUCGCACGAACCGCCAUCGAGCAUCGUGAUGAAGUCGCAAAAAUGGAUCCCGUCCGACAACAGUAAGACAGUCCUGGUGAAUGCUGAUGGCGAGUCUGUGGCUACUCUGGAUCGCAUCAAGAGGGUGGUCUCCACGCACACCUCCACUCGUCUGAGUCGCCGCCGCAGCAUUAGUGCCGUGGAUGGCAAUGAGCAACUCUACCACCAGCAGGGCGAUCCGGCAGGGCAGACCGGCGAAAAGUGCGCCAUUAUGUAAUUUCUAAACCAGACAAAAACAAACCUAAAAAAAGAAGGAAACACCACACACAAACAGAUAAAUACUAAUCAGCUAAGUUAUUUUUUGUGGCCGCCCGUCGGUAAUUUAAUCAAAAACAAUAUUUGUGUCGAUCUGCCCAAGCAGCUAAGCGAUAAUUUCCGUUUCGUUAACUUUCACUUCUGUUUUUCUAACCUUUCCCAGAAACUUGUAGUUUACAAUUCCUAUGUCUGACGAUAUCUUUCGUUUUAUGUUUAUCUCAUUCAGCAAGCUUUUGUAAUCUUUAUAUGGCAUAGAUAAACUCACAUUUUUAUGCCACAUAGAACUUACAACUUGCGCCACCCCCCCUGUUCUUUCACUUUCAUGUAUUUUAUUUGUGACGUUAAGAACUUUGAAAAUAUUGCAUAAAGAAACAAUAUUUUUGAUGAACUUGCGUUCACACACUCCGUUCUAUAAGAAAUUAGUUUUGUAAGCGAACAUUCGGCAAUGACUUCAAAAACAUCGAAAGCCAACCAACAACAACAACAACACAGGAAGACAAGAUACAGAUCAACAACA